GCAAUCCCUCCUUUCAACUGCUAAAACCAUCAUCAAGAAUGAAGGAUGGACAGCUUUAUACCGAGGCUUCUGGACUCAUUUUAUGCGAAUUGGACCUCAUUUUUGUUUAACUUUUGUUUUCCUGGAACAAUUAAAGCGAGGUGUUAGGCAAUUUCGCCUAGAAGAAUAUCAACGUCAGCUUCAAACAUAUCACCAAGCAACUACGGAUCUUAAA